AUGACAGAUAGAAAACAAGAAAUAGUACCAUUUAAUAGUAUUCAAGGAAUAGCUUCGACAAAUGUACAAGCUUAUUCUAAUGAAUAUGAUGAUUUCAUUUCCUUUGAAGGAUUUUAUGUACAUGGAAUAUAUACUGGUUUCAAAUGGCAAUGUGUUGAAUUUGCUCGUCGAUGGUUAUUAUUACGUAAAAGUUGUAUCUUUGAAAAUGUCGGAUCUGCUACUGAUAUCUGGCAAGAGUUGACCUAUGUAGAACGUGUUACUGAUGGUGAAGAAUUUCCUUUGAAAACUUAUUCAAAUGGAUCACCACAUAAACCUAAAUGCGAUAGUUUCCUUAUAUAUCCUCGUAAUGAAGAAAUGCCAUACGGACAUAUUGCUGUUAUAUGUGAAGUUCAAGAAAGUUUUAUUCGUGUUGCCGAAGAAAAUUAUCGAUUUCAUUAUUGGUCAAGUAAUUAUGCUCGUCAGAUUCCUAUGGUAUAUCGAAAUGGUCUUUAUUACAUUGAAGAUUACUAUAAUAUUUAUGGAUGGAUGGAAAUUGAAAAUAAUCAUCAAUUAAAACCAUUGGAUGAAUCAAAUAUAAAUUUAAUUCUUAAAAAAUAUCAAAAACCGAAACCAAUUGGUCAAUUAAAACCUUGUUUUAUUUUGAAUAAGACUUUGGAUUAUCGAAAAGAAAAAUUUCUUAUGCAAUCCAAUAAGAAAGAUAUUUGUUAUUAUAAAGCAGAUGAAGAUUUUUUUGUAAAUAUUAGUAAUACAUCAAAUGAAUUAUACCGAUUAUUUAUACAAGCUGUAAAUUAUAUUAUUCAUAAUGAUGAGAUUUUAACACUUUUUGAAAUACCAAACCAAAUUUGGUUUCGAAUUCGUAGAUCUUGGAUAGAUGAACGUGAUUUUGAUAUUAUAGAUCCUAUGAAUUUAAGAUUUGAUGGAAAAAAUUUGAAGCUAUGUCAAUAUAAAGCUAGCCGAGGGUUGAAUAUUCUUCAAUCUACUGUUGUACAAGAAAAAUGGGCUCAAACUAUGAAUCUCGAUUAUAGUUUUACGUCAAGUUUUCAAUUACAUUGUCUUUUAAUAAGAAAAUGGAAAAGAUUAAAUAUAAAAACUACUAUUCAUAUAUUAAUGGAUAAUGAUGAUCAAGAAGAUCUAGAGACUAUAUUGUAUAUGAAAACGAUAAUGACAGAAGCAGGUAUUGAUUCAAAAUUAUGCUUAUUGUCUAAUGAUCUCUAUUGGAAAGACUCUAUAAUUGUUGACAAAGAUGGCGAAAUUGUUAAAAUUGUUUGGAAAUCAUGGAAUUGGGAAACAAUCUUUCAAGAUUUUAGAGAUCGAUAUGUUGACAAUAAAGAAGAAAAAGAAGAACGGAAAUCAGUGAAUAAGGAACAUCCAUCUUUAACUGAUAUUUUAUUAAAUGAAAAAAUCAGAAUUAUCGAACCUUUAUGGAAAUCAAUUAUAAAUCAUAAAGCAUUUUUCUCGAUACUAUGUACACUGUUUCCCAAUCAUUCUAAUAUUUCACAGAAUGAAUCGCUUUCAUCAGAAGAUUCGCAACAUAUUUCCUUUGUGAAUCGGUCGAUGGAAGAACAGAAUAAUGAUAGUAUAGAAGAAUAUUUUGAUUCUCAUCAUAUUUCUCAGGAAAUAUUGUCAGAAAAAAAUUUUGAAUAUUCUGAUGAAAUUAUUGUUAGUUGGAUGAUUCAUGGUUUAUGUUCUGGUUUUAGUAUACGUGAAGAUCAAAAUCAUAUCACUAACGCAAAUAACCUUAAAACAUACUGUUGUAUAAUUUGA